AUGGCUCAUCUCAUGGUUUUAAUCGACAAGCGGUCCGGCAUCUCCAGUAUUACAGUCUCUGGUUUAUCCAGACUCGUCGCUCUAUUCUCAAUCAUCCCUAUCCUGUUAGCAAUUCUAGGCCUUAUGGCAUGGCGUUUCCUUCGAUGCAGGAGAAGAAGGACCGCGGAGAACUUAGAACUAAGCCCGUUUCGAUGGAAACCGUCAUCUCUCAAAUACUCGACUCUAAUAAUCUAUCUUGCCCUCAUUUUCACCUUGAUUAUACUACUCGAGGCUGCUAGGCUUGCUCUCCCAGAACGAGGAGCAUCUGAGGCAGCUGCACGGUCGAGCGCCGCCAGAGAGGUGGUUAUCGUAACAAAAACGUUAGUGGUUAGAGCAGAUUCCCAUCUUGUAACAAUCAUUCCGACGCAGGCCCAGGCAUUGUCUGUAUUCUCAGACGAGGAAACAACGUUCAUAGAAACAGCCCAAGAACCAACUGAAGGGUGGCUUACAGUAGGCGAGGUUAGCCCAUCAUUAACAGAUCCAACUUCUACUGAACAACCCACAGCUGUGGGCUGGCUAUCGGACCCGACAUCAAUUACAGAACCCGGUGAACCAGUUUCAGGAACAGGAUGGCUACCAUUAUCAGAACCUGAUCCUACUUCUACUGAACAACCCACAGGUGCUCCGCCGGGAUCUGUAGGCUGGCUACCGGGUCCCACAUUAACCACAGAGCUGCCGCCUGCUGCACCAGGUCCAGGUAUAGGAUGGCUGCUUAACGAAGAUGCUGAGUUAUCGCCUCACACAAUGUACUUCAUCGGCACAUUCCUGCCAGUUCUAAUAGCGUCAAUCUUUGCGAUCCCAUGGAAGAUACUAGACCACGACGUCAAGAGUCUCGAGCCCUUUGCUCAACUGGCAUCUUCCAGUGGUAAAACCGCGCCGCAUAACCUACUUCUUCACUAUAAUGGCGUCUCUGGAUUUAUGGCCGUAUUCACUGCGCCGUUCACCGGUCACUCAGCUGUGGCUCUUUCGACGUUCUUGAGCUACAGCUCGGCUCUGCUGAUCCCCCUAGCGACCGGGAGCAUUGGCCUCACCCUUCAAGGGGAAUGUCUCCAGAACUGGAAAAAGCAAUGCUCUGCGGCACUCGAAGCAGCAGAUCCCACCAUCCGGGCAACACAGGGACUGCUCGCAGCAAUGGCUUGCGCCGUUAUCGUAUAUAUGGUCUUGCUGCGAGGGAGGACUUUCGGAGUGAUGUCCGACCCGCGCAGCAUGCUGGGGAUAGCAAGCCUUUCUUUGAACCCAUAUUUAUCUGCUGUCGUACGCAGGAUCACUUUGCGGCCUGAUGGAAUGUUUUCAACUGCCAGAGCCGCUGCAAUGUUCGAGGGCCGAACAUUCCAGUUUGGCUAUAUCAGCUAUGCGACGGGAGAACAGGAGUAUGGGAUUAUCGUCGCGAAUGAUUUCAUUGAGAGUCAUGAUCAGAUAUUGGGUUCUCCUCCGGCGCUUGAUGUAGGAGCGUCGAAGCGAUGGAUUGUUUCUGGGAUAUUAAUGAGAGUGAUUAGCUUUACUAUCUUUAUACUGAGUGUAUGUAUUCUGAUCCUCUACUAUUCACUCACCUAUACGGAUAGUGGGUUCGAGAGAUUCAUGUCUUCGCAGAAGAGGUUUGGGCCCCGGUUUCUCUUUGCUCUUUUUGGAGUUAUUGUUGGAUUUGGCUGGACCUCCAUCUUCCAUGGUAGGUUAUGUGUAUUGGUCACUAGGAGGUUCCUACUAAUGAUGAGCUCAGAGCUGGCAAUCGUCCUUCCUGCCUGGGACAUGUAUCGACGUCCAUCAAAGCCCGAACGGACUGUCCUCAUGCCCUUGAACCCGAACCCCUACGUUGGGGUUAUUGCAUAUCUAGCCCGCAGGCAUAAACUGCUAGCGGUGGUCGCCAUCAUGACUGUGCUAAGCGACUUUCUGCCUAUCAUGUUCGCCAACGUUCCUUUCAGUAACGCAAUCACAUGGAAAACACACAGAAUCUGCGUGUGGAUGAGCGUAGGGGUGCUAACCUUCAUGCUUGCCGUCCUUGUUUUCAUCGUCGGGAUUCUCCUCUGCAAGUUCCAGCGCAACCAGCUUCUAUUUAUAGGAACGGAUCUCGCUACACUUGCGGCGGUUUUGUACUUGGUGUGCCGGUCGGAAGAUUACCUUGCACAGGUCAAGUACCUUUCGGUGGCUAGAGAGGCGGAUAUCAUAAAGCGGAUUAAGUCGCUCGACUCGAGAUAUUCUAUUAUUAGCAUUAUAGGUGAAGAUGGAAACCCGCAUAUUACAAUUCGAGCUGGUUAA